UCGCCGGCCGCUGGGCACCAUGAACGGCAGCAGCGCCAACAUCACCUACGCCAGUCGCAAGCGGCGGAAGCCCGUGCAGAAAACCAUCAAGCCAGUCCCCGCUGAAGGAAUCAAGUCAAAUCCUUCCAAGCGACAUAGAGACCGACUCAAUACAGAGCUGGACCGUUUGGCGAACCUGCUGCCUUUUCCACAAGAUGUUAUUAAUAAGCUGGACAAGCUUUCCGUUCUGAGGCUCAGUGUCAGUUACCUAAGAGCCAAGAGCUUCUUUGAUGUUGCAUUAAAAUCGUCCCCAGCUGACAGAAAUGGAGUCCAGGAUAACUAUAGAACAAAUUUGGGGGAAGACCUGCACUUUAAUGAAGGAGAAUUCUUAUUACAGGCUCUGAAUGGCUUUGUGUUGGUUGUCACUACAGAUGCUCUGGUCUUUUAUGCUUCUUCUACUAUACAAGACUACCUGGGAUUUCAGCAGUCUGAUGUCAUACAUCAGAGUGUGUAUGAACUUAUCCAUACUGAAGACAGAGCUGAAUUUCAGCGUCAGCUACACUGGGCAUUAAACCCUUCACAGUGUAUAGACUCUGGACAAAGAAUUGAUGAAGCUAAUGGCCUCCCACAGCCAGCAGUGUACUAUAGCCCAGACCAGCUUCCCCCAGAAAACUCUUUGUUUAUGGAGAGGUGCUUCAUAUGCCGACUAAGGUGUCUCCUGGAUAAUUCAUCUGGUUUUCUGGCAAUGAAUUUCCAAGGGAGGUUAAAGUAUCUUCAUGGCCAGAACAAGAAAGGGAAAGAUGGGUCAGUGCUUCCCCCUCAGCUAGCGCUGUUUGCCAUAGCUACUCCACUUCAGCCACCAUCCAUACUUGAAAUUCGAACCAAAAACUUCAUCUUUAGAACAAAGCACAAACUAGACUUUACACCUAUUGGUUGUGAUGCCAAAGGAAAACUCGUUUUAGGCUACACUGAAGCAGAGCUGUGCAUGAGAGGAUCAGGAUACCAGUUUGUUCAUGCUGCUGACAUGCUUUAUUGUGCUGAGUACCAUAUCCGGAUGAUUAAGACCGGAGAGAGUGGCAUGAUAGUGUUCAGGCUUCUUACCAAAGACAAUCGGUGGACCUGGGUCCAGUCUAACGCCCGCUUGGUUUAUAAAAAUGGAAGACCAGAUUAUAUCAUUGCAACUCAGAGACCUCUGACAGAUGAAGAAGGAACAGAGCAUCUGAAGAAACGCGAUGUGAAGCUGCCUUUCAUGUUUGCCACUGGAGAAGCUCUGCUGUACGAGAUAACCAACCCCUCUCCUCCCAUGAUGGAUCCCUUACCAGUGAGGACUAAAAAUGGGGCUGGUGGAAAAGAUUCUGCUACCCAGUCAACUCUGAAUAAGGACUCUCCCCAUCCCAGUUCUCUCUUGAGUGCCAUCAUGCAACAAGAUGAGUCUGUUUAUCUCUGCCCUGCUUCAAAUAGUGCAUCUUUCGACAGAAACUUUUUUAAUGAAUCCAUGAACAAAUGCAGUGAUUGGCAAGACAGUAUUGCAUCAAUGGGGAAUGAUAUCCUGAAACAUGAACAGAUGGGUCAGUCUCAGGAAAUGAACCUGACACUCUCUGAAGGUCAUGGAGGCCUCUUCCCAGACAACAAAUAUUGUGACUUGUACAGCAUUAUGAAACACCUCGGCAUCGAUUUUGAAGACAUUAAACACAUGCAGCAGAAUGAGGAAUUUUUCAGAACUGACUUUUCUGGUGAGGAUGACUUCAGAGACGUUGACAUAACAGAUGAAAUCCUGACGUUCGUCCAAGAUUCUUUAAAUAAGUCUACCUUCGUUUGUCAGGGUUACCAGCAGCAGCCACCCACAGCGAUAAACUCAAGCUGUAUGGUCCAGGAGCACCUGCAGUUAGAGCAGCAGCAGCAGCAGCAGCAACUGUGCCACAAAAUGAAGCACAUGCAAGUCAAUGGCAUGUUUGCAAACUGGAGCUCCAACCAGUCCGUGCCUUUUGGUUGUCCUCAGCAAGAUAGUAUACAACAGUAUAAUGUCUUUUCAGACUUACCUGGGACUAAUCGAGGGUUUCCCUACAAAUCUGAGGCGGAUACUGUGCCUUAUACACAGAACUUUAUUGCCUGUAAUCAGUCUGUGUUACCACAACAGCCCAAGGGGACACAGCUAGACUUUCCCAUGGGGAAUUUUGAACCAUCCCCAUACCCUACUACUACUGCUAAUUUAGAAGAUUUCGUCACAUGCUUGCAAGUUCCUGAAAACCAAAAGCAUGAAUUAAAUCCACAGUCACCUGUGGUAACUUCGCAGACAUGUUAUGCCGGGGCUGUGUCCAUGUACCCAUGUCAGCUGGAGCCUCAGCAAAGCAGUGUGGCUCAGAUGCAGUACAAUCUAACCCAGCCAGGCCCACAGGCAUUUUUGACCAAGUUUCAGAAUGGAGUUUUAAAUGAAAUCUAUCCAGCUGAGUUAAAUACUAUAAAAAAUACUCUGACUACCACACAUCUUCAGUCCCUUCAUCACCCAUCAGAAGCCAGACCUUUCCCUGAUUUGACAUCCAGUCGAUUUCUGUAAUUCCAAGCCCAAUUUUUACCUUGGCUUUGGUUUAGAUUUUGUUGGUGAAAGAUUACAGUUACUGAAACUGUCAUUGCUGGACAUCAGCAAGUUCACACGGAGGCAUUGAUAUAUGUUGUUAAUACCAAACCACAUUUUAAUGAUUUUUAAAGAAAAGUUAAAAACAUAUCAAGAUUACAUAUACUAUAGUCAUUCAAAUGAAAAGUGUGCUGUCACAGACUGGUGAGAUACUAUCUACAUUUCACAUCCUGAGCGCCACAGACUACAAAAUUUAAGACUCUCGGAGUUAUUUCUCUUGGAAUAAAGAAAUGCUUUGAGUUUUCAACUUCUGAAUCCUCCGUUCUCGAAGUACAAAGUUGCCAACUAAACUGUUCCUAAUGUUUUUAGGUUCUGCAUGUAUCUCAGAUGUUAAAAUAAAUGGUUCGGUGCUUUUGUAGAAAGAUAAUCUCAAAGUUAAUGUCAGUGCCUCCCAGUUUUUUCUACCUAUAACACUGUAGGACGUAUAUUUUAUAUAAAAUACGCUUUUUCUUUUUCAGAUUAAUAACACUCUAUGCACAAAUAUUAUUUGCAUUUCUUAGACUCAAUCCUCUUUAUUAAUCCAGGCAUGUUUUAACUGCACUACUCACCUACUUUCUUCAGGUAAAGAACAAAUAAUGAUUUGAAAAGAGAUUUAUUAUAUAAUCUGGUUGCUUCUAGACUUUAAAUGUUGCCAUGUGCCUUAUGUUGAAAAAUUUUGAAAGUAAAAUGUCUUUUCAAAUUACUUCUUAAUUACUAUAUAAAUAUGCAUAAACAGCAGCACUAAAAUGUCCACAGUGUUUUCAGAAGAAAGCGAUAUACCACCGUUUACCUCUACUAAAUCUGCACCCUGGUAGUCGAGGGGAAUGGUGCAGUGUGAAAAAAGUGCUGAAGUAAAGGCAACCACGUUUAUCUACCUGCGAUGACAAGCAGGAGCUUUGUUUCUCAGUCGUUCUGUAAAUUAAGGCAAAGCACCCAUUUCACUGUGUAUAAAUUUUUUACAAAGUGUUUUAGAUCUGUAAUAUAUUAAGAUAAUAGUAUGUUGACUUUACAAAUUUCACUUAGUACAGUGGAAAACUUUGUUUUUCUCAUAUUUGAGGAGUGUUAAGAUUGACUAUAGCAAUGUUUGGUGCAAAGUAUUGUUAUGAAUGAAAUGAAUGGUGCAUUGUAUGCUUUAUAAUGAACAAAAUUAUUUGUAAAAUAUUUUGAAUUUUUCAUUUAAAAAUAUUCCAUAUUUUAUAUGCACAUAAGUAAUUUGGGUUUUACAUAUUUUAUCAGUCUUAAAUUGUGAAUGCAACUGCUUUAAAUUGGUAUUACGAAAAAGAAAACUGUGCAGUUUUAUUAAUUUCAAACAUUAGGUUGUUUCUAUGAUAGGAUGACCUUUAUUAUCAGUAAGGCAAAUUAAUCUCCCUACUAACUACUGUCCUCAGGUGAUUUAAAAGAAGUGCCACCACCUGCCAUUCUUUUAUUCAACGUGAUGUCUUUUGCAUGUAUUGUAUAAAAACAUGAUGGAAUCCCAAGCUGAGAUGUAGUAUUAAAAUACAUUUUUUUGUUUUUGUAAGUUAAUGUACAUAAAGUGGCUUCAGACAGUAUGUAUGUCAGUUGUAUGCAUUUUCUAGUCAAAAUUUUGAAUCUGUAGAAUCAGUGUAAGUGUUGAAAACAACAUUUGCCUAAAACAUUUCAUAAUUUGUUUCCAGCCUGAGGUGUCACCAAAGAUUUAGACCAGUGGUCUAGAUUAAUAAUCCAGUUUUACAUAUAAAUCAUUAAGCCAUUUUUGUUCGUCUCCCCUUAUGUUACAGGGUGAAUUGUUUAGUGGAAAAUAGGCUUAUUAAAUUGUGAAUAUGACUAUACACUUAUAAAAUUAAAAAUUUUUAAAGCACUAUUGUAUAUUCUUAUCUCUAUAAAAUAACUAAAGCUUAUCUGAGAAUAAUAAAAUACGUCAAACCAAA